UCACCCGGAAGUCGCCGGCUCGCUCGGGUUGUGUGUGUGUCAGCACUCCCUAAGAUGGCGGGGGUGUUUGAGGUGGAGGUUGACGGUGUACAACACGACCACGGACACGGGCACGACGACGCCGCCGCUCAGGUCGACCUCUCGCAGCUUUCACCAGAAGAGAAGUGGAGACUGGAACAUGCGAGAAUGCACGCCAAGCACAAGGGGCACGAGGCCAUGCACGCCGAGAUGGUGCUCAUCCUCAUCGUCACGCUCGUCAUUGCUCAGCUUGUCCUGGUGCAGUGGAAACAGCGGCACGCCAAAUCCUACAACUUGGUGACCCUGUUUCAGAUGUGGGUGGUGCCCCUGUACUUCACCACGAAGCUGCAUUGGUGGAGAUUCCUGGUGACGUGGUUCAUCUUCUCAGUUGUCACCGCGUUCAUCACCUUCCGCGCCACUCGCAAACCCCUGGAGUGCACCACGCCGAGAUUGGUUUACAAAUGGUUCCUUCUCUUGUACAAGAUCAGCUACACGACGGGCAUUGUGGGAUACAGUGUGGUCAUGUUCACACUCUUUGGCAUCAAUCUGAUAUUUAGAAUAAAACCGGAGGAUUCCAUGGAUUUUGGCGUCUCCAUGCUGUUUUACGGACUCUAUUACGGCGUCCUAGGCAGGGAUUUUGCGGAGAUGUGCGCAGACUUCAUGGCUUCUACAGUAGGAUAUUACAGUGCAUCCGGAAUGCCCACUAAACACCUGUCGGACAGCAUCUGCGCCGUGUGCGGUCAGCCCAUCCUGGUGAGCGUGGAUGAAGAAGGAAUCAUGGAGAACACGUACAGGCUGUCCUGCAACCAUGUAUUCCACGAGUUCUGCAUACGAGGGUGGUGCAUUGUGGGUAAGAAACAGACAUGCCCAUACUGCAAAGAAAAGGUGGACCUGAAGAGAAUGUUCAGUAAUCCGUGGGAGAGGCCUCACGUCAUGUACGGUCAGUUACUGGACUGGCUUCGUUAUCUCGUAGCCUGGCAGCCGGUCAUCAUCGGAUUAGUCCAGGGCAUCAAUUACAUCCUCGGUCUGGAAUAACGGCUACGCCAUGCCAUCCCCUAUUCCAGAGAGAGAGAGAGAGAGACUAUAUGCAAUCUGUCUUUGCUAGAAGGAGACUGGGACUGAAACCAUAAUCACCAAAAGUGUGUAAUGUACUGUAUAUUGGCACGUGCACACACACUGUGCAUAUGUGUAUUUAAAGGAGAAAAAAGAGAAAAAGAAACCUACUAGACGUCUGGUUUUGUUCUUUCAUUUUUAAAACGUGUUUCUUAUUUUGGGAUUUUAAUUUUUUUCUUAAAGAAACUGCUAACCUGUCUUAAUGUUUUAACUGUAAAUCUUACCCUCAAAGUUAAAAAAAAAAAAAAAUCACUCUUUUCCAGUAACAAUGAAAUUCCCUUUUCCCAUCCAUUGAAAAUCCCUCUUUCACUUCUCAUCAUACACUUUUGGUUAGCAGUGUGUGCACACUGACAGGAAUCUCUGAACCUGUAAAGUGUGCGCUUGUUUGUUUUUUGCUUUUUUUAUUAUUUUUUUUAAAGGAAUGUCGAGAAUUGUUACUGCAGUAACACAGAGUUUCUGUUUGACUCCUCACUGAGGCGGUGAGUUUCAGCGGCUCCGUGUUCUGACAGACGGUACACUGGGAGUCUGAAUGAUCGGAUGUUUGUGAAAUUUAUAUGACGUUUAAUGAAACUGAGUUCAUGAGA